CUGAAGAGUACAAUGCUCACGUGGUCGUUGAGUACAAGGUUCGACUUCUGGGCCAAAUAUGCUUGAGCAGACAGCGAAAUGUUAUAAAAGGGGUUGUCUUGAAGAAAGUGAACGACGAAAUAACACAUCUCUGUACUUUACUUGAACUAUUAUCAGACUUGAUCUCUUGAGCUGUGUCGUCACCAGUCCAUGAUGGGGGUUGGUCAGAAAGACCCAGAAGUCUCCAUGGAUAUUCUUAGUGAAAUAGAAUCACAGUCAAAAUCUUCAACACCAUCUGUACCCUCAACACCUCUAAGUCUCAUUGAGAAAAUGAACAUGAAGAUACAGAAAGAAGAAAAAUUUUUCUCUGUGGAGUUCUUUCCUCCUCGCACUCCAAAUGGUGCUGUGAAUUUAUUGGGAACCUUUGAUCGCUUGGCCAGUGCUUGCCCAUUGUUUUGUGAUGUGACAUGGCAUCCUGCAGGUGAUCCAUCGGGGGACAAAGACACAAGCUCAAUGACAAUUGCAAGCACUGCGUUGAACUAUUGUGGACUGGAGACCAUGUUGCAUAUGACAUGUGCCAAUCAAACUAAGGCGUCUGUGACAAAAAAUCUUCACAAGGCCAAAACUUUAGGCAUCAGAAAUAUCCUUGCACUUCGCGGUGAUCCUCCAGACGGUGAGGAAUGGAAGGCUCUAGAAGAUGGGCUGGCCUACGGUGCAGACAUGGUUCGGCACAUUAGGAAUAAUUUUGAUGAAAGCUUCACCAUUUGUGUAGCAGGUUACCCUGCAGGCCACCCUGACUGCGCCAGCUAUGAGGAUGACCUCAAGCACCUAAAGGAGAAGGUUGACGCUGGUGCUGACUUCAUCAUCACUCAACUGUUCUUUGAGAACAAAACCUUUUUUAAGUUUCUGCAGGACUGCCGAGAUAUUGGCAUAAAAGUGCCGGUAAUUCCUGGUAUAUUGCCCAUUCAGGCUUAUCAGUCCCUGCGUCAUCUUGCAAAGCUGUCUAGACUAGAGGUCCCGAAGUCAAUAAUGGACGACCUACAAACUAUUAAAGACAAUGAUGUUGCUAUCAGAAAUUAUGGUGUUCAAAAAGCUAUUAACAUGUGCCGAGAGCUUUUAGACAGUGGUCUUGUCCCUGGACUUCAUUUCUAUACCCUUAACCGAGAAGUAGCUACCCGCGAGAUCUUAACGGCGUUAGGCUUGUGGUGUAUGGACCCUGCGGCUAGCAGGCCCCUCCCCUGGCGAGCAUCUGCCAAUCAGAAGAGAUUCACCGAAGAUGUUCGCCCCAUAUUUUGGGCCUCCCGACCCAAGAGUUACUUGUACAGAACAUCUGACUGGGAUGAGUUCCCUAAUGGGCGAUGGGGUAAUUCAUCAGCCCCCGCUUUCCGUGACUUCUCAGACCAUCACUUGUUCUACCUGCGUAGUAAGGCCAAAAAGGAGCAGAUGCUGAAGAUGUGGGGACAGCAGCUGAAUGAUGUCCAAGAUGUGUUUGAAGUGUUCAAAUGUUACAUCUCUGGAGAGAAAAAUGAAAAUGGAGUUAAAGUAACCUCACUGCCUUGGAAUGAUGAAGAGCUAGCCUUAGAAACAAGUUUCAUCAAGGAGAAACUGAUUCAUUUCAACUCAAAUGGCAUUCUUAGCAUCAACAGUCAGCCCUCAGUCAAUGCUGCAUCGUCCACUGAUCCGCUGUUGGGGUGGGGUGGUGAAGGGGGCUACAUCUACCAAAAGGCAUACCUGGAGUUCUUUGCAAGUCCUGAGGUUGUCUACAUCUUGUUGCAAGAACUGAAAAACUACCCACAAGUCAACUACCACGUUGUUAAUAAUCAUGACACAGUUGAUAUAACUAAUUGUGACAGUCAGACACCAGUUGCUGUGACAUGGGGUGUGUUCCCAGGCAGAGAGAUUGUUCAACCCACUGUAGUGGACCCGAUCAGCUUCAAGAUUUGGAAGGACGAAGCAUUCUCCCUAUGGGAGCAACAAUGGUCUCGCCUAUACACUGAAGACUCGAAAUCUAGAGCAAUCAUUAACAAGAUCAUGAAUACAUACUGCUUGGUCAACCUCGUAGACAAUGACUUCAUCAAGGGGAACAACAUCUGGGAUGUGCUUGAAAGAGUUCUGAACCUUAUUAAGGAGCAAGGGGCUAGUGAUAAUGUUGCCAUGGAGACUGCAGAGGAAGAUGACGUUGGUCACAAUGCAGUCUAGAUUCAUUUAGAGGUCCUUGAGUAUUCAUCUUGAGGAAAACCUUUAACAACACAGACUUCUAGUUAUGCAAUUCUUUGUUUUUACAGUUGUCGGUGCAAACUACCCAAAUACUGAACAAUACAAAACUUGACUUUAGAUUGUUUAACUAGGUAGUAUUGAAGUGGUUCCACAAAAUGUGGCCAUGGAGUCAGGUGGUUGAACAAGUUAUAUAUUUACUUAGAAGCCAGAUUAUUACUAUUUAACUCGUAGAUAUUGUAAUAUUACCUAGAAAAGGAAAAAAGCAAGCACGAAAAAAAGUGUAUAAUGUCUUCACAUAUUUGUGAAAUAGAAAAAAAGUAUACCAAUUUGGAAAAGCUACAGAAUCCAGACAAACCAUUGCAUGACAAGUAGCUAUUUAUUAGAGCAGAUUAGUGAGCUAGUGUAUGUUGCAUCAUGGCUCGUUUUUGUAUAUAUUUUUAUUAUCAAUUUUGGCCUUUUUUCCAGGCCUUAAGCCAAUGUUCAGCCAAAUCUUUGGCAUUCUGUUUAUUCCUUCUGUGGAUGGCAAUGUACUGUAGGAGGAGCUGAGAUGGCUACCUGUGAUGUCACAAUUUUACCAAGUGCAGUAGCAUAAAAAAUAUUGGAGGGGCACAAUACAGAAACAUUAAGAAAUAUUUGGGGGCACAGCCACACCCCCACUGGACAUUUCCUUAUAAUUCUUGAAGAUAUUAGGGGGGGGGCACGUACCCCCACCCCCUGCUACGGCCCUGCAUUCACAGGAAACCCUAACAGAAUACCUGUGACCAGGCUAGCCAGUGUCACUAUGUGCACUGUAGAAAAACCAUCUCCACAUUACCAAGUGCUGCAUAAUGGUGUAUCCUGGAAUAUGUUUGACCAGGGAGUUUGGUUUCACCAUGAUUAAAGCCUGUAACUUCUCUGAACUCUAAUGUACGUUGGCUAUGCUGUAACAGGAUGAAUUUGUUUGUUGAAAUAAAAAGCUGUAUAUUUGAA